AUGUGCAGCGCUCCGCGCGGAUUUCUUGGAUUCGCGCUGGGGCCCUUUGGCGGCGCCUCUGGCGCCGCCCCUGGCGCGCUCCGCGCUCCGCACGUCGGGGAGGGUGUAUCAACGCAGAUCCCAGAAACCCGCGCGGACCUGCGAAAGUUUAUGUUUGUGCCGUUGUUUAUCAUUCUUCUGGACGAUGAUUGCGGCAAUAGUUCUUCUGGCACAGGAGAUGGACAAGGCGGGAACCGCAUGCCCUCCGGUGGACAUAGUCUUUCUGGCGGCCUCCGCGAGCCUGUCGCACACAUUGAGCGGGGCACGUCUUUGACCUGCGCACGGAUAGGAAGCAACCCUGGUGUCGGCAUCGUGGAUUUGCUUGUCUGGCACGCACCGUGA